AUGGAGAGCAUCCUCAACAGACCCAACAGAAUCCGUGAAAAGCAGAUUGCUUACCAGGCUGAGUCCGGUAAGGCUCCUGUCUACCUUCGAGGCAACGGUAAAAUCUGGUUCCGAGCCUACAUGGCCCUUUUCACUGUUUCUUUCGUUGGAGCCAACUUCCAAUUGAUCCAAUAUAUCCGAGGAAAGGCAAAGAAAGUUGGGGAGUAA